AUGCGGGAGCUGCGCUCGUCCGCCUUCUGGAGGGCCGUCCUGGCCGAGUUCCUGGGCAGCCUCCUCUAUGCCCUGCUGGGGCUGGGGGCCUCCCUGCGCUGGGCCCCGGGCCCCCCCAGCGUCGUGGGGGCCGCCCUGGCCUUCGGGCUGGCCCAGACCACCCUGGUGCAGGCGCUGGGCCAUGUCAGCGGGGGCCACGUCAACCCGGCCAUCACGCUGGCCUUCCUGAUGGCCUCGCAGCUCUCCCUGCCCCGUGCCGUGGGCUACCUGGUGGCCCAGGUGCUGGGCAUGCUGGCCGGAGCCGGGGUGCUCUACGGGGUGACCCCGGGCCCCGUCCGUGGCACCCUCGGCCUCAGCGCGCUGCACCCCGGCGUGGGCCCGGGCCAGGGCACGGUGGUGGAGCUGCUCCUGACCGCCCAGUUCGUCCUCUGCGUCUUCGCCAGCUUCGACGACCGUCACGACGGGCGCCCGGCCAUGGCCGCCGUGCCCGUCGGCUUCUCCCUCGCCCUCGGCCACCUCUUCGGGAUCCACUACACGGGUGCCAGCAUGAACCCCGCUCGCUCCUUCGCCCCCGCCGUCAUCACCCGCAACUUCGCCAACCACUGGGUGUACUGGGCGGGCCCGCUGCUGGGCGCGGCGCUGGGCGCGGUGCUGUACGAGUUCGCGCUGUGCCCGCGGCCGCGCAGCCUGGCCGAGCGCCUGGCCGCCCUCAAGGGAGAACCGCCCGCCCCCAUCGCCGUCACCGCCGUCACCGCCGUCACCGCCGCGGCCGAGCCGCCGCCCGAGCCGCCGGCAGAGCCGCUGGAGCUGAAGACGCAGGGGCUGUAACGGGGCCCGUCCCGGGGCGCGGCCCCGCGCCCGCCGCUGCUUUGCUGUGACGGGGCCGCCGCGGUGCGUGUGGUGCGUGUGUGUGCGGCGCGGCGCGGCGGGCGGGCGGCGGCGGGGCCCCGCUGCCGGGAACCGGCCACCGGGCUGCCCGGGGCCGCCCGUACCGGGCCGGGGCCGCCCCGCCCCGCCGCGGCGGGACUUCUGU